CAUCAGCGUUAUUCUACAAACAUGGCGGACAAGAAGGAAAAGAAAGAGCCAACAGCGUCUGAGAAAAAGGACGAAAAAAAGAAGGAAGAUGAUAAACAGGAACCCAUUGAAAUGUCCGAAGAGGACAGAUUACUCAGUGAAGAACUGGACAUGCUGGUGGAGAGGUUGAAGGAAUCAGAUGAUAAAUUGUACAAACCUGCUUUGGAGAGUUUACGAUCUCUAAUUCGGGCUUCUACAACAUCAAUGACAUCAGUUCCCAAACCACUGAAGUUUCUUCGCCAACACUAUGAUUCCAUGAAGGAAAUACAUGAGAAAAUCAAGGACACUGAAACUAAGAAUUUCUGUGCCGAUAUUGUUUCUGUUCUUGGCAUGACUAUGAGUGAUGGCCGUGACAGCCUUCAGUAUCGUCUGAAGGGGUCUAAGGAAGAAAUCGGUUCAUGGGGUCAUGAAUAUGUAAGACACUUGGCCGGUCAGGUUGCCCAGGAGUGGCAGGACACAGAAGAGAAGGACACUGAUAUGCGUGACAAACUGACCGGACUGGCCAAGGCUAUUGUACCCUACCACAUGGAUCACAAUGCAGAGGCUGAGGCAUGUGAUGUUCUCAUGGAGAUGGAGAAAUUACAUCUUCUCACUGACUAUGUUGAUGAGAACGCCUACCCUAGAGUGUGUCUCUAUCUCACUAGCUGUGUGCCAUAUGUCCCUGACCCUGAGAACAUUGUGCUCCUGAAAACUGCUGUGGAGCUGUACAGAAAGUUCAAGCAGUUCCCACAAGCUCUUAGGUUUGCCAUGCAGCUGAAUGACCUGAAACUUGUUGAAGAGAUCUUCAUGUCCUGCAAGGAUCUGACAAUUCAGAAACAACUUGCCUACAUGCUUGGUCGCCAGCAGAUCUUCCUUGAGUUGAAUGAUGACAUGGAAGAAUUUGAUGAGCUCAUGGAGAUCAUGUCCAACGCUCACCUUAACAACAACUUCUUGGCUCUUGCUAGAGAGUUGGACAUCAUAGAGGCUAAGGUGCCAGAGGAUAUCUACAAGAGUCAUCUUGAGCCAAAUCGUUCUUCUAUUGGUCCUUCCAAUGUGGACUCGGCCCGCCAAAACCUGGCAUCUUCAUUUGUCAAUGGGUUUGUCAAUGCUGCAUUUGGUCAAGACAAGCUUCUUAUGGAGGAUGGCAACAAGUGGCUGUACAAGAACAAGGAACAUGGUAUGCUGAGUGCGACAGCUUCUCUGGGUCUGAUUCUGCUGUGGGAUGUUGAUGGAGGUCUCACACAGAUUGAUAAGUACCUCUACUCUGCAGAGGAUCAUAUCAAGGCUGGUGCCCUCCUCGCGUGUGGUAUUGUCAAUUCUGGAGUGAGGAAUGAGUGUGACCCGGCCCUGGCCCUGCUUACUGACUACGUUGUACACACCAGCAAUGUCAUGAGGAUAGGAGCCAUAGUGGGUCUUGGUUUGGCGUAUGCUGGUUCAAACCGUGAAGAUGUGCUCAGUCUCAUUCUGCCAGUAUUAGGAGAGACUAAAUCAUCUAUGGAGGUGAUAGGUAUGGCUGCCUUGGCUUGUGGCAUGAUAUCAGUUGGAAGUUGCAAUGGUGAUGUGACGUCUACAGUUCUUCAGACAAUGAUGGAGAGGUCGGAAGCAGACCUGAAAGACACAUACUCAAGAUACCUAGCUCUUGGGCUUGCAUUAACUUAUUUAGGUAAACAAGACGCUGUGGAUGCCACACUUGUAGCUCUGGAGGUUGUAGGGGAGCCACUCAAGUCAAUGGCGACCAUGCUGGUUGAUGUCUGUGCAUAUGCAGGCACUGGUAAUGUUCUGAAGAUUCAACACCUGUUACAUAUAUGUUCGGAACAUGACGAUUCGAAAGAUCAGGAUAACAAUGAGAAGAAGGAAGACAAGAACAAGAAGAAGGAUGAUAAGAAGGAGAAGGAGAAGGAACCAGCAGGGCCAGACCUGUCAAUACAACAAGGCAUAGCAGUUUUAGGUAUUGCUCUCAUAUCUAUGGGUGAAGAAAUAGGAGCAGAAAUGUCAUUCCGUACAUUUGGGCAUUUGUUGCGGUACGGAGAGAUGUCAAUCAAGAGGGCUGUGCCAUUGGCACUUUCCUUGAUCUCUGUGUCCAACCCCAAGCUCCAGAUCCUGGACACACUCAGCAAGUUCUCUCACGACAAUGACCCUGAAGUAGCUCACAACUCCAUCCUUGCCAUGGGAAUCACAGGAGCAGGAACAAACAACGCUCGUCUAGCAGCCAUGUUGCGCCAGCUUGCAGUGUACCAUGCUAAAGACCCCAACAACUUCUUCAUGGUGCGCUUGGCACAAGGCUUGACUCACCUUGGUAAAGGCACCCUCACACUCUGCCCCUACCACAGCGACAGGGCCCUCAUGAGUCCAGUAGCUGUGGCUGGUUUGCUGGCUGUCUUGGUCUCAGCUUUAGAUGUCAAAACAAUAAUCCUGGGCAAGUCCCACUAUGUCCUCUACCACCUUGUUGCUGCUAUGCAGCCCAGGAUGUUAGUCACAUUUGAUGAAGAUCUGAGACCUCUUGCAGUGUCUGUUCGAGUUGGCCAGGCUGUAGAUGUUGUUGGACAAGCCGGUAAACCGAAGACAAUCACUGGCUUCCAGACACACACCACACCAGUGUUGCUGGCAUAUGGAGAGAGGGCAGAGCUGGCCACAGAUGAAUAUCUUCCCCUCACACCCAUCAUGGAAGGUUUUGUUGUCCUGAGGAAGAAUCCCGACUAUGAUGAAUGAGAAGACUUCACACCAAUGUAUGAGUGCUGUAUCGUCCAGGAGAGCCCAACAUGCUGUUCCUGACUGGUUAUUUAUAAUGAAAAUCUCUGGAUUUCUAGAGUCAUUGUUCUGUUGCUUUUGUGGACUUAGUUCAGUUUGAAAGCAACAGCUUGUUGACUGGUCUAUACUACACACACAGUCUUAGGUCUGAUCGUUGCAACUGGCUUCUUACUGCUUCUUACUUGGAAGGAAUAUCACCUACGACGAAGCCUUCAUAGUGAACUGAUGAGAUUUCAAAUCUAAUUGUGAUGGUGUCAAGCAAGGAUGUCAAAUGAAAAUGUAUGAAUGACUAUACAAACUGGUCAUGUUUGUUAAUCUUUGUGAAACUUGGAACAUUUCAUUGUACAUUGUUUGAUAUAUGAUCAUGUCAUCGCUUUAUAUAUAAAAUGCUAUGUAUAAAAUACUGAAAUCUUGA